CAACCCUAGUUCCCUACCGUGACCGUGUCUAGGAGUAUUAAUGGGUCAGGAAAGAAAAGAGGGGGCGGUCAGUUAGCUAUAAGUAGUCUGGGGACGGGGCCAGAACUACGCAAACCCUACUCCUUCCAUUCGAUCGUCCCUCUCAGAGUCUCAGCCGCCAUAGUUUUCACCGUAGUAUCUCAGUCGCGACCCUACGUCGCCGACGACGGAUAGGAGGCAUUUGGAGGAAGUCCUACAUCUAUAAUAGUUGUUGAUAAAUUUAGAGCCUAGUCAAAAUGGUGAAGUUUACAGCUGAAGAGCAACGUAAGAUUAUGGACUUCAAGCAUAACAUUCGUAAUAUGUCUGUUAUUGCUCAUGUUGAUCACGGGAAGUCAACUCUGACCGACUCCCUUGUGGCUGCUGCUGGUAUUAUUGCCCAAGAAGUUGCUGGUGAUGUUAGAAUGACAGAUACUCGUGCAGAUGAAGCUGAACGUGGUAUUACCAUCAAAUCCACUGGUAUCUCAUUGUACUAUGAAAUGAAAGAUCGGGACUUGAAGGGCUACAAGGGAGAGAGGGAUGGGAACGAGUACCUCAUCAACCUUAUUGAUUCACCUGGGCACGUUGACUUCUCUUCUGAAGUUACAGCUGCCCUUCGUAUCACAGACGGUGCACUUGUCGUUGUUGAUUGUAUUGAAGGCGUGUGUGUGCAAACUGAAACUGUCCUCCGUCAGGCCCUUGGUGAGAGGAUUCGACCUGUCCUAACUGUGAACAAGAUGGAUAGGUGUUUCCUUGAGCUCCAGGUUGAUGGUGAAGAGGCUUACCAGACAUUCCAAAGGGUUAUUGAGAAUGCCAAUGUCAUCAUGGCUACAUAUGAAGACCCCCUCCUCGGCGAUGUCCAAGUUUACCCAGAGAAAGGUACAGUUGCUUUCUCUGCUGGGUUGCAUGGCUGGGCUUUUACUCUUGGGACCUUCGCUAAGCUGUAUGCCUCCUCAUAUGGUUGGGAUGAGGCUAAGACAAUGGAGAGACUGUGGGGAGAAAACUUCUAUGACCCUGCUGCAGCCAAAAAGUGGACCAAGAAACACACAGGUUCUCCCACUUGCAAGCGUGGGUUUGUUCAUCUAUGUUACGAUCCUAUUCAGAAGAUCAUCAACCUGUGCAUGAAUGAUCAGAAAGAUAAGCUGUGGCCGAUAUUACAGAAGCUUGGAGUCACCAUGAAGUCUGACGAGAAGGAAUUGACGGGCAAGGCUUUGAUGAAGCGUGUUAUGCAGACCUGGCUUCCUGCUGCAGAUGCUCUAUUGGAAAUGAUGAUCUUCCACCUUCCAUCUCCUGCCACAGCUCAAAAAUACCGUGUUGAGAACUUGUAUGAAGGCCCUCUUGAUGAUCAGUAUGCAAAUGCAAUCAGAAACUGUGAUCCAGAGGGCCCUCUUAUGUUGUAUGUGUCGAAGAUGAUUCCAGCAUCUGACAAGGGGAGGUUCUAUGCCUUUGGCCGUGUGUUUGCUGGCAAGGUGUCCACAGGUAUGAAGGUCAGAAUUAUGGGUCCGAAUUAUGUACCUGGUGAGAAAAAGGACCUGUAUGUUAAGAAUGUGCAAAGGACUGUCAUUUGGAUGGGUAAGAAACAGGAAACUGUUGAGGAUGUUCCGUGCGGUAAUACUGUUGCUAUGGUUGGUCUUGAUCAGUUCAUCACCAAGAAUGCCACCUUGACCAACGAGAAAGAAGUUGAUGCACAUCCAAUUCGUGCAAUGAAGUUUUCAGUGUCUCCUGUUGUCCGUGUUGCCGUGCAAUGCAAGGUUGCAUCCGACCUUCCCAAGCUCGUUGAAGGUUUGAAGCGUCUAUCCAAGUCUGAUCCCAUGGUUGUCUGUACAAUUGAGGAAUCUGGUGAGCACAUUAUUGCUGGUGCUGGAGAACUCCACCUUGAGAUCUGUUUGAAAGAUCUGCAAGAAGAUUUCAUGGGUGGUGCUGAAAUUAUAAAGUCUGAUCCAGUUGUUUCCUUCCGCGAGACUGUGCUCGAGAAAUCUUGUCGUACUGUGAUGAGCAAAUCUCCCAACAAGCACAACCGUCUGUACAUGGAAGCCAGACCCAUGGAGGAAGGACUUGCUGAGGCCAUUGAUGAAGGCCGUAUUGGUCCAAGGGACGACCCUAAAGUUCGAUCCAAGAUCCUGUCGGACGAGUUUGGUUGGGACAAGGAUCUCGCUAAGAAAAUCUGGUGCUUUGGCCCCGAGACCACCGGUCCUAACAUGGUUGUAGACAUGUGCAAGGGAGUACAGUACCUUAACGAGAUCAAGGAUUCUGUUGUUGCCGGGUUUCAAUGGGCUUCCAAGGAGGGUGCUUUGGCUGAAGAAAACAUGAGGGGUAUUUGCUUUGAGGUCUGUGACGUUGUACUUCAUGCCGAUGCGAUCCACAGAGGUGGUGGUCAGGUGAUCCCAACUGCCAGGAGAGUUAUCUAUGCCUCUCAACUCACUGCCAAGCCCAGGCUUUUGGAGCCCGUCUACCUGGUUGAAAUCCAAGCACCGGAGCAAGCCCUCGGCGGAAUCUACAGCGUUCUGAACCAGAAGCGCGGGCACGUGUUUGAAGAGGUGCAGAGGCCCGGCACCCCACUCUACAACAUCAAGGCGUACCUUCCAGUGGUCGAGUCAUUUGGUUUCUCCAGCACCCUGAGAGCUGCGACCUCCGGGCAGGCUUUCCCGCAGUGUGUGUUUGACCACUGGGACAUGAUGGCAUCCGACCCGCUGGAGCCCGGGAGCCAGGCAUCAACACUUGUGGCCAACAUCCGCAAGAGGAAAGGGUUGAAGGAGCAGAUGACGCCACUGUCCGACUUCGAGGACAAGCUGUAAGCCCCCCUGCCCCUUGGGGGAGAAAAGCCAGCUGGUAUAGUAGUUUCAGUCUAGUUGUUAGCUUCACUUGGUGGUUGCUUUGCAGUGCUGCCAGUGUUAAGCUACACAUCUAUUUUUGUUUCCAUCUCUUUUGGCUGUUUGCUUGGCACUAUAUGAUUUUGAAAUAAAUUCUUAUUAGAUUGUCUGAUACACCUCAGCUCGUAGUAGUUUCACUGGUUUAUUUUGGCUGUAUGCGUCGUGUACCUACCGCAUUCUCCUUAUCAAAUGCAUGCGUCGGUUGGCCAUGUCUAUAAUAUUUUAGUUAAGCAAUGGUAUUUCCUAUGAUGUCACUAUGUUCGAAGUCAAAAAAAGAAAAUAUCUACAACCGU